GUGCAAUAUAAGCAUUACUUUGAUUUAUUGUUGAAAAAGUUUUAAUUCUGUUAGAACUCAUGUUUCAAAAGAUGUUUCAAUGCUCGCUAAUGUUAGCAUUUAAAGCUAGCCCAGCUAGCUAGCUAUCAAGCUUAGCUAACGUUAGUCACUUGCUAAGAUUAAAUAACAGCAUUCAGUGAAUCUACAAGUGUUAAAUGCCUGUCGAACUUGUUUUGGUAUCUUUGUUAUAUGUGCAUUUCAAUUCCCAGAAAACUGACAACCAGUGUGUGGCUAGCUAGCCACAGUGAAUUGAAACAUGUUGUGUGGAUAAACCCAAAAAGCGGGAAGUAUGCAAAUUGUAGAAUAGCAUAUGCCGAGACAUGAAAAAGCCAUUGUUAACGGUUUCAAAUAAUUAAAGUUGGUAGCUAGCUAAGAAAAAGACCCGUCAUGGCUGGUAGUGUUACUCCAAAACCAUGCCUCUUAUAGUAUUUCGGCACCGUGCUACUGUAGUGACAGCCUGGUGAGCCAGCUUCACAGCGGCUGUACUCUGUCAUUGCUCAAUGCGCCAUUGCAUUAUGCCUAUCAAGCUUUAUAAUAAUGAACACUUCUGUUUUAAUUCUCCUACUUAAUCGCCCUAUUGUCAUGUUUUGGAAAUGCAGACAGCAUCGUGCAUGUUUUACUCCCAUUUGUUAUUAUUAUUCCAGACACUGAUAGUGCGGUAGUGGGAGUGUCGCUGGCUGUUCAAUUGACUGAUGUGUUUUCUAUUUUGGUGAAAGCCUUGUAGCUGUUGCACGCUUCAUUGUACUAGAUCUUGGCUAUACAGUACACACCAGACUUUAUCAUUUUAAAAAAAAUAUUAAAUGCAAAUAUUGAUAGUACAUUGAAUAUAUUGACAGGAAAAAAAAUAUUAUAUUUCACUUUUGCAGUACAAUCCAUUAUAAAUAAUCCUGAAUUCAUCGUGAAUAACGAUGAGAGAGAAAGUUACAGAGGGUCAAAGAUCAUACCCCCAGGCAAGACAUGCUAACCUUUCCCCAUUACCAAUGACAGGAGAGGAGUACGAUCUUUGACCCUUUGUAACUUUCUCACUCAUCGUUAUUCACUAUUAAUUCGGGAUUAUCCGUAAUCAUGGUAGAAUCCACAUUAGGUUAAUGUAGAAGUGUUUAGAAACAUAUUCUAUUCCUAUUUACAAUAAAGUGACUCCAAAAUGACACUACAUUAUUUACCAUUAAUUUAUAUUGGGCACAAAAUGAUCUGAAACACAACCAAAACGAAGUAGAAAUGCAAUCAACAAGUUUGUAGUCACAAGCUUGAUGUAGUCAUUGCGUGCUAUGAAUAUGGGACAAAAUACUAAACUUUUGACUACUUUAUUUAUAAGAAUCUUUAGGCGUGUCAUUAAUUUUGACCCCUACCUUUUUUGAGAAAAAAAGUAUUACUUGUUAGACAAAAUCAAAUCAAAUUAUAUUAGUCACAUACGCCGAAUACAACAGGUGGGCAGGCACCUUACAGUGAAAUGCUUACUUACGAGCCCAUAGCCAACAAUGUAGUUUUAAAAAAUACAGAUAAGAAUAAGAAAUAAAAGUAACAAGUAAUUAAAGAAAAGUAACAAGUAAUUAAAUAUCUUUCUCUUAGCAAUUGUAUUAGUAUAAAAUAAUAUAAUUUCCCAAUUUGUCUAAGCAUACAAAAUAGCUCAGUAUUUCAAUUACUUAUUUUAUACAGUCAUUAUUGCUCAUUUUUUUCAAGGGUGUCAAUACUUUCGGCCCCCACUGUAUAUCUCUCUAUUAUGCGUGGGAAUACUUUGGAACAGAUUAUUUUACCCAUUGGUCAGAAUAUGCGGUUUUGAUUGAACACCAUACUUCAUUGCAUUCCAUUAAAUCGUAUUAUUGAACCUGGCUGACAACUCCAGGGUGAAGGAAGUUUCUGAUGAACUCCACCAACGGAGUGGAGCAGAGAACAGGCUUUGUGGAAUUCAGCUCCGACUACAUCGAUUCGCCCAAGAGGCCUCAGCGUUUGCCACCGCUGUGUGAGCAAACAAUGACGGAGGACAGGUUGAAGUCAGACCCCUCCAAGCGGGAGGGUCUGGACUCAGGAGAGGGAGACACAGAGCCUAGCCUGCUGCUGCAGAAACUAAAGAGCAACAUCUCUGAGAAUAUACAGGGAAAAGUGGACGUUAUCUUGCAAGAUGUGCAGCGCUUCUCUGACAACGACAAACUCUACCUUUACCUCCAGCUGCCUUCUGGCCCCAGUUCAGGGGAGAAAAGUCUGGCAAUGGCCCCGCUGGCACAACUUAGGCGGUGGUGUAUUUCUGCAUCGAUGUCAGCUUUGGAGGACAGAACACUGCCAUGCAGCAGCAGCAGUGACCCCAGCUCCUUCAACAUAGCUGACCAGCUGCACACCUGCAACUGGAUCCGUAGCCACCUGGAGGAGCACAUAGACACCUGCCUGCCCAAGCAAGACGUCUACGAGACAUACAAGAGAUACUGUGAAAACCUGCAGCACCGGCCUCUGAGUGCUGCCAACUUUGGGAAGACCAUCCGUGACAUCUUCCCCAACAUCAAAGCCCGGAGGCUCGGUGGCAGGGGACAGUCCAAGUAUUGUUAUAGUGGAAUCCGUAGGAAGACAGUGCUAAACAUGCCACUGUUGCCAAACCUGGACCUGAAAAAUGACCCAUCGGAGCUGACGGAGCUGGUGCAGACCUACAAGCAAGAGGUGACGGAGGCGGCUUGUGAGCUCAUCUGUGAUUGGGCCCAGAAGAUCCUCAAACGUUCCUUUGACACAGUGGUCGAGAUCGCCCGUUUUCUUGUGCAGGAGCACAUCGUCAACCCACGCUGCAGCCAGGCUGAACUCGUCACUUCUGCCGCAAUGGCAGGAGGACCUGCAAAGCCCCACAAGGUGAUCAAGAAGAAUCCAGUACCGUCAAAAGGAGGUGGGCCGGAGACAGAAGGGAGCAGCUCUGAUGCUAAGAGGGAUAAAGAAGUUGGGGAUCAGUCGUCGCCAGGGACACUGCAGUCCAGUGACAAGCCAACCAAAGGGGCGGAGUCAGUACGCCCGGGGGAUCGUGACCUGCAGGUGGAGGCUCUGAUGAAGCACCUGCCCCGAAUCCUGCCUCGCAGCUCCGUCCCGGAAAAGUCCCAAGGCGGCGCUCUCCCCAUCAUGAUCCUCCCCCACACCGUCAGCCUGUCCUACCCCGAAAAAGCCCCGCCCGUUACCAUGGCGCCUGUGGCAACGUCGUCGGUGGUGCAGAGGGCCCGUGCCGUGACCAAACGGGCCCUCGAGGCUCCGACUGCAACCAGCGGCGGCCCCGGGCCGGGAGGCACGCCGGGCAAGCGGAAACGAGGACGACCCAGGAAGCCACGGCCAGAGGACACCACCUCUCCGCAACCGCCCCCUCCGUCCCUACCUUCGGUCAACCAAGCCCCCAUCAUGAAGUCCCUCACCGGAGGGGUGAUCCAGAAAGCCUGCUCGUCCUCCUCCUCUUCCCAGGUGGUGGAGGUCGUGUUCCAGGACCAGCAUGCCGUGGUGCUCGGCCAGCUACAUUCGGUAGCGGACUCUGGCAACCCAGAGCACCGGGGUGUGGUGCUUGAGACUGACCCACGGCCCCUGCUGCUGCUGCCAGGGACCAGCCACACAAACUGGGACGUGGGCAGGGCCAUGGUAGAGGUCAUCCAGAGGGCACCGAGACCCCCCACCACCAAGAACAACAACAACUCCCAGUCUACCCCCCAGCACCGCCUGCCCCUGCCCACUUUGCUGGAGGAUCGAGGUCAGGUGGAGAUCACCCUCACUCCCACGGAGCCUUCGGAAGAUCUGCCGACCCCCACCACCCAGGCUAGCUCGGAGGGCCGCCCUGCGCCUGAUGACAGCACUAAGGUUGAAAGACCCUAGCACUGGCCCUCCCAGUCCCGAACCUCACCCUCCUUGUCCCAGAGACUAGGGAGCACUAAGGGACUUUAUACUACCCUCAGCAUGAGGAUAACCACGCCCAAUCCCCCAAUCAUCUUCUCCCAGGUAGCAAGCUUCAUCUUGCUCCACACAGUCCCUCUCCCAUCUUACCGAUUAGUGGAAAUCCGAGAUUGGCGGCACAGAGAGCCAAGAUUGAUGGAGCCAAACCCCUGUUGACCUUCCAUUAGUCCUUGCAUUUGACAAUGUAAAAAGGUCAGUUUAUAACUCUCUGCUGUGACUCUAACUGCAUGUUUUUCUUUGUAAUUGUGAGCGAAGAGAUAGAUAAAGGCGUCUCCAUAUUCCUGAGAUUGGAUUUCUUGUAGUUCUGAUGAUGAGGAGGGGCUAUUUACGGGUUCGGACCAUUCGAGGUUCUAAGUGCUACUCUCCCUGAGAGGAACUCCCCUCAAAGCGUUCUUUUUUAAAUCUUUGGUUGUGUUAUUUUGAUGUUUGUAGUUGUGCUUUCAAAUAGACUUCCAGAGUAAAGGCGUCCGCAUGCUUCCCAGACUAAACAGUUCGGAAGAGUUUGUGCAUAUAUUAUGAUGACAUCAUCAUGUUCGGGCACAUGCAAAAAAAUUCUAGAGGCAAGCCGAAGUCGGUAGCUGAAGUCUACGCCCCUUCGUCAGUGAUUGAUCAACGGUCGGGAUUCUUCAAUAAAGUCUUUGUUGUCAUUGAACAAGAGACGACUCAUUUUCAUGCACAUCAUUUCAUUUAGAAAUACUGCAACAAACAUCUUAGUUAGAUGUAAAAUUGCGCGACUAAGAUCUUUGUAAAAACGUCUAAAUUAAUGACAGAUUUUUUGAGUUAUCUUAGAUGAAUUCUGUCUAUUUAGAGGAAGUGUAUACUGACUCCGGCUUCUCAAAAUGGACAAACAGUACUAUUGCUGCACCGUCGUUGGGUUUGCCAAGCCAAGAGUGGCUAGUCGGCAACCACACUGAAGCAUGCUGACGCCUUAAGAAAGGAGAAGGCAUGACACUGCUGGUGGAACUACAUUUAAAUGAUGCCCCUGUCAGGCAUCGGAACUGUAUUCUAAAACAUUAUGUGACAAGAUUGUGAGUUUGCCCCCCUUUCCCCAAAACCCCUAAGCUGGAGUAUGACGGAAAAGCGAGCACUUACCUGGGCGUAAUUCCAAUAUUACAGCACUUCCUGUUAGCGACUUAGUGUAGAUGACAAAACAUUAUAGACACCAUAUAGGCAAGACUAUGACAAACAGUCGUUUAGGUUUGCCUUUGUAUUUUGAAUUUACAGCACCUCAGACAAAGGAAUCAAAGCACAAACCUGCGAGCCUAGUGUAAAAUCUUGAGCGUGGCAAAGAGACUUAAUGGAAUAUUAGAGCUGAUUUCGUAAAUAAUUUAGCCUGAUGCUAAUGUAGUUUGCCAAACCAUUUUUUAUAAGUACCUGUAUAAACUCUAGUACAAUAAUAUCAUUUUCACAAUUUCAAACUGUCUGGCAGAGACAACUGUUGUUUAGCCACCAUUGCCAAACUUUCAACCUCUGGCUUUGCCUAGGGGUGCAUACAUCUUAUGUGGUUUACGUAGCAGUACAUGAUAAUGUAAGAUACUGAUACCCUUCUCUCCAAACCCAGCAUAUCAUCCAAAGUAUGAUCAACCUUAAAUAGGCUGGUUAUGUGUUCUUUUUUUAUACCUUCCAUCCAUUGACAAGGGAAGAUUUCAAUUUGUAAUCUCCAGCCUUAGCCCUUUUGGAAUUAAAUUGAAACAGAUGUCAAGAAUAUUUGCACUGAUAUGAAGAAUGCAAAAAGGGAAGAGCCUGUUAGUUAAUAAUAGUAAUGAUUACUAGAAAUUAUAAACUGGGUGGUUCGUGCGCUGAAUGCUGAUUGGCUGAAAGCUGUGGUAUAUCAGAUUGUAUACCGCAGGAAUGACAAAACAUUUAUUUUUACUCCUCUAAUUACAUUGGUAACCAGUUUAUAAUUGCAAUAAGGCACAUCGGGGGUUAUGUUUAAAGGCUGUAUUUAGGCACUCCCCGUUGCGUCGUGCUAAGAACCGCCCUUAGCCCGUGGUAUAUUGGCCAUACACCACAUCCCAUCGGGCCUUAUUUCUUAAUUAAACAAUGAUUAAAAACAUGAUUGUUAUGCUUGAGGUAGUUUUGGAACAAGCAAUGUUAGCUUUAUUUUUCAAUGGAGUUGAUUGUCAAAUUUGACUGAAUUGAGAAUAAGCACAACAGAAUUAUACUUUAUUAUUAGCUUAUGCCACGUUAUUGUCCUAUUGUAAACUAUGGGCUUAUGAAGAGACAAACUGGAUGUAAAUUCAUGGUGCAUACAUUUGGUGCUGUAAUGGUGAUGACUCAAGAUUGUCUACACACUACGCUAUUUUCCCGGGAAACAGGGAAUCCCUGUCUGUCUUCAAACCCUGUAGAUUUUCUUCCCUGCCUGUAUGUAGUACAGGGGUGACCAACCAUAGACAUACAUGUGGCCAACCUUCUUGAGGCAGGCUUUUGUCCCUGCCCUGUUCUUACACACCUGAUUCUAUUCUACUAAUCAACUGCUCAUUAUUAGCUAAAUCAGUUGUGUUAAAGCAGAGCUAGAACGAAAUCCUGCACACUUUGUAGCUCCCCGGUGAGGACGGUGUGCCGCCCCUGAUCUAGUAUAUUCUAUUGGUCUGUUAAUUGUGUAAUUACAUGUGCAUAGUUAUAGUAACUCACCUUAUCCUCAUUCAUGACAUUGGACUAUGAGCUAGCAAUGAUCUCCCGAGUUGUAUUAGUCAAUCGACAGAUCAAGUUAAUAUCAGUAAAAGAGGUAGGUUUGAAUGAAGACUACAGAUUAACUGUAGGCCCAGGGGACUUACAUGGGAAACCUCUUCCAUAAAUAAGUAUAUGUCCUUUAGUGUGCAGUCAAAUGAGUAUUGCAGUAAGUGAAUGAGUGAGUGGGAGAACUUUCACUGUGGAGCCACGGUGCUCAAAAGAAACGGGUCAGAGAAUCAAAGAUAAGGAUCGGGAUACGGGUAGCAGUGCCUUGACCUUAACUGCCGGUUAAACCACAUCAUGACCGACCACGGUCAAGCUUUGCAGAUGCUCUGUUGAUGGUGGUAACACUCUAAACUAGCCCGGCUAGCUAUGUAGGGGUUAAGUAGCUUCAUAGCUUUGCUUUGCGGUUUGUUUGAGUUCAUGCAAAUAAAAAGAUUGCAAAUUAGUAAUUUUGCUCUUGUUGUUGUUUUAUCAAAUCUAUGAAAACAUUUUAUCAUAUGUGCUUUUGUGGAUAUAAGUCUGUGAAGUUUCAUUUAUUGUACAGGUCACUUGAAGUGCAGUUUUAACAUGAAUGUCUUUGAAUUUCAAAGACACUUACAGUUCAAAGAAACCUAUCCAUGCAUGGUUUUAUGUGACAGUGAUUCUAUUACUCUAAAAUAAAAAAUAAAAACACUGUUACUCCUAGCUUAGAAAAAUGUCAAAACUUAAAAUGUAUUGACUAGGGGUUUAAAAAUGGGAUGUGUUAUCUGUUUUAGUUUACAUGUAUAACCCCCAGGUUGUGUUUUGCACUUUAUUCAUACCGGAAGAUUAACUAAUUUAUAAUUGGUGUACACAUAAAAACAGAAUCCUGAUUUGAUAAUUAAGUGUCACACCUUACAUGUUAGUAAUUGUAUACAUGCGACUCUGAAUGCCCUUGUUUGAAAUUGUUUCCAAUUCGUUUUUUUGUAAAUCAUCGUCUCAGAGAUUUUGUGACAUUUACAUCUAUGCUUCCUUUAAAAAAACACAACUAAACAAAAUGAUACCAACGACUAAUGUGAAUAUAUUUUCCUAUGCUGACUGUAAUAAAUGUUGUUAAAGGUAACUGGAGAGAUGUUACAGUAGGUGUU